GAAAUGUUCGAUUUUCAUUUUUCAUUCAAGAUUUUAUUGUGGUCUGUAGUGACAGAAGUGGAAGCGGUGUGAUACUUUAAUAACAAUUCAUUUCUCUUAUAUAUAUUUAGUUAUAUACCAUAACACAUUUUUUUUUCAGUAUGCUGAUCAAAGUGAAGACAUUGACUGGCAAAGAAAUAGAAAUUGAUAUUGAACCUACAGAUAAGGUUGAACGAAUCAAGGAAAGAGUUGAAGAAAAAGAAGGUAUUCCACCUGCUCAACAGAGAUUGAUUUUCAGUGGAAAACAAAUGAAUGAUGAUAAGACAGCCUUUGACUACAAAGUGACAGGAGGCUCUGUGCUACAUUUGGUACUAGCGUUGAGAGGUGGAUAUCCAUGUGAAUCAUAUCUGUGUUAAUCCUUAGCAAUUUGUGAUGGGAGCCAGUAUGUUAUUUGUGGUUCAGAAAAGGACAUGUUUCAUAAACUGCUGUGAGAAAUGAGAAAGAAAAAAAAAAAAAAAGCUCUGCCAUUUUAUUUCUUUUUUUCCCCCCUAUUUCGCAUUAAAUUCAAUGAAAUCUUUAACUGAUUGAAGAUGUAAUGCUAAUUUAUGUAAACAUGUAAUAAAAUUUUGAGUUCGUUUAAA